CACUGUCUGCUGGUAGGCUAGACCUUUGAUGCCAUGAUAUUAGAAUUGUUGGGAGUUAGGCCCACAAACUUCACACAUUAUGACAUGGCUCCUUCUACCUGAUUGGUUAGACCUCUGAUGCCAAGGUGUUAGAAUUUUUGGGAGUAAGGUAUAAAAUGAGGACCUUGGGCAAAUAGAAGUCAGAACUCUCCUGAUUGUGCUAGCUGCUUGAACAAGCUUGAUUUGGGAACUUUGGAAAAUUGUUGCAAUGGCAUCUGAUGGGUAAGUGGCUGUAGUAUCUGACUUGUAGGCUGGUAUACCAAAAACUGUGCUUAAUCACAACAGUGAACAUCUUUGCUUAUAUCACAUUCACUUUUUCCAGAAAGAACAGAAUGCAGUUGGCCUGCAAAUACUGCAUGAAAAUCACAGACCGGCUGCCUGGACAUCUCCGUAAGGUCUGCAGGAAAGGAGCGAGUGAGGCAGAGAUCGUAGCCCUUGUCGAGGAGUCAAGGGCAAUAAAUGAGGAUGUUGGUGAGGAACCUCAGUGUUGUACAUUACAAGCAGCUGAAGGCUGGAGCUGAUUCUGAUCGAUCUCUGCAUUUCUUCAUCAAUUUUCUGGAGUCCAAUGGAUGUUUAGUUUGUGAAAAGCCAUCACACACAGAGGGAACCUCAGCUGAAGAAGUGGAGAAUCCAGUGCAGGAUGCUGUCGAGACAGAAGAGGAUACCUGUGAAGAAGAAAUGGAUAUAGAGCAUCCGUUUCUAAUGCUAAGCACAUCUGCCAGCAAGAUGUCAACAAAAAAGAUUAUGGAGGAGGCUGGACUUCACAGGAAACAUACAACUAAUUCACCUCUGCUGCAGGGAUUCAGAAGCUACCUGGAGAAAAAGUAUGCCAAGUCUGGAAUCAAACAUGAGGUCGACAAUGUAUCAAGAUGGUUGCAUUUUGUGAACCCAAACGAACCUUCCACUAGCUGCAUCCAUAACAUUGAGAGGAGCAUGGAGUUCUUUAGGGUGAUCGGAGCUUCAGCAGCCAGCCGAGCAACUGCAAGAAAUUACAUGAGCGGUGUAAAAAAAUUUAUUGCUUAUGUCACCUCAGAGGAUCAGCUGUUGGAAGAGGAUCCAUCUCUGCGUGGGUCAAUUCAAAAUUUUUUAAAAAGCAUGACAGAGGCCCAGAAAUCCAUUUGCAGAGGUGCCAGUAAGAAAAACUCUGUUGGAAGAAGGUGCACAAAUCCAAGAGAGUGCCAAGAAGUGCUAAAACUGGCGAACCACUAUUUUGCUGAGCUUAUUGAUCGGGCCAAUGCCAGAAAUGAAUUAGAAGAGAGGGAUAUGACGUCCGUGCUUUUCUACUUGGAAGCACUCCUAAUAUUACAGCACCUCCAGAGACCAAGUGUCAUCCAGCACAUGACCGUUCAACAGUGGCUUGAGAGGAAGCAAUACAAGAGCCGCUCCACAGACAGCGCAAGAGCCGCUGUCAUAACGGUAAAGGCUGGAGCGCAACACAUGGUGGUCCUCAAUGAGGUCGAGGAGAUGUGGUUCGACACAUAUUUCCGAUUUAUCCGACUAACUUUUAUAAAGAGGAUCGCCAAUGGAGACAAGGGAUACUUUUUUGUCUCCAGCAAAGGUUCAAAAAUUCAGAACCCAACAACUGAUGUUCACAGAUUCCAAGAAAGGUUUAAUGCCUGUCUGUCAACCGGGAAGGAGGCACUGCACUUUUUUGAAAAGGUCGUCACCUGUGAAAGCAGUUUAGAAGACCAAGAGUUGAUCAAAAUAUAUCUGAGGGCAGAUUUCAAAGGAAUUGAAAGCAACCACACACAGUAUAUGCGUGCUGCAAUGAGAGUCAGCGAGCUUCAGAGGACAUGGGAAGAGCCAUCAAACUCAAGAGAUGGACAAGUGCCUGGAACACUCAAAGAAAAGAUGUCAGAAAAGGAGAUAUCGUACAAAAAAAUAGAAAACAUGUUCAAAGUGGAACUUGACUCCAAAGGACCAACUGUGAAACAGUGCUGUGAGGUUUCAGAAAUGCACGCAAAAUACUGUUAUGAUAGAUGGAGGAGGCAGCAGAUAAAAUGCCGCAUGGAUGCCGUUAUUGCACAUUACAAGCAUGAAAAACCCAACCUGAGCCAAGUCUACAACUACCUUCGACUAAAAGGAUGGGUUAAGAAUGUUCCAAGCGUGGAGGAGAUUCUGCUGCACUGGGAGGCUAGGGAACAGCCAAGAAGAGAGGACAACGAUGGAUAAAUUCAAAGUUUGAUUCAAACCCAGCAGUGGCCAGGAUUAGCCAUUGUAGAAGACCCGGACAAGGGGCAAAAAGUCGUGACCCUCAAGGUGGGUGACUUUAUUUGUGACUAUCAUGGCCAGGUUAUCACUGCAAAGGAAGGGGAACAGCUAAUGAGGUCUGUGGAGCAGUGUGAAAUGGGCUAUCUGUAUUUCUUCAUGGACAGAAGGAACAAAAGAUGCUGCAUUGAUGUCCAGAAUGUUCCUUGCCCCUGCCACAGUGAACUAGAAACCACUUACGGGAGGAAAAUCAACCUGUCCCGUAAAAGGCCAAACCUUAAACCCACAAUGAGGUAUUUUGCCAAUGACUCCAGGCCUCACAUACUGUUUUCAGCAAACAAGGACAUCGACGUGGGUACAGAACUCUUGUUUGACUAUGGGGUAACGAGGAAAUCAUUUUCCGGGGAGGGGGCAGACCUACCCUGGAUUGAUGAGUAGUUCCCCUUCUUCUCUUAUGGAUAUGAACUUGCAUUGAUGUUGAGACUGGCACUUUUAACUGUUGGCACACUAACCUGGUAUCUGUAAAGGCACCCCUGCCCCAACUACUGCUCAAACAAUGAAAAUAAUGCAGGUGUCACUGUAAAAGCAACCGGCACCAGCUUUGCCACUCUCUACAGCAGUUAAACUGAAUGGUGAUGUGUUCCUGAUAUAUUUGUUUAUAAUUAUUAUUAAUUAUUUUUCUUGGAAAAAAUUAUAAAUAACAUGUUAUUUUUUAAAUCUGUGGUGCAUGGGGGGUAUGUGUCAUUUUAGAGAUAUUGAAUAUUUUUGUAAGGUGGAUGCUAGGGGCUUUGUUGUGACAGGCCCAAUAACCAACCAACAUGGGCCUGUAUGGUCCAAGGCCUAUACAAGCAAUAAGAUAGUUGGCUUCAAGCUUGGGUCACACUGGAUGUGCUACUUUACAUGGUGCUGGUCUGUUACUGCCAGCAAUAGUCAUGUCAUAAUAUUGGUAGAAUAUUGAGUCAGUCACAGAGGUGGUUAGCAGUACACAGA